AUGGUCCCAGAGCCGGGCCCUGCGUACAACAGCACCCCCGGCUGGGGGUCGGGGCUGGUGUCAGACCCGGGGGGCAGCGGCUGGGUGGCGGCCGCGCUGUGUGUGGUCAUCGCGCUGACGGCGGCGGCCAACGCGCUGCUCAUCGCGCUCAUCUGCACGCAGCCCGCGCUGCGCAGCACGUCCAACUUCUUCCUGGUGUCGCUCUUCACGUCCGACCUGAUGGUGGGACUGGUGGUGAUGCCGCCGGCCAUGCUGAACGCGCUGUACGGGCGCUGGGUGCUGGCGCGAGACCUCUGCCUGCUCUGGGCCGCCUUCGACGUGAUGUGCUGCAGCGCCUCCAUCCUCAACCUCUGCCUCAUCAGCCUGGACCGCUACCUGCUCAUCCUCUCGCCGCUGCGCUACAAGCUGCGCAUGACGCCGGCGCGCGCUCUGGCGCUGGUUCUGGGCGCCUGGACCCUCGCCGCGCUCGCCUCCUUCCUGCCCCUGCUGCUGGGCUGGCACGAGCUGGGCCGCGCGCGGGCGCCCGCCCCGGGCCAGUGCCGCCUGCUGGCCAGUCUGCCCUUCGUGCUCGUGGCGUCGGGCCUCACCUUCUUCCUGCCCUCGGGCGCCAUCUGCUUCACCUACUGCAGGAUCCUGCUGGCCGCCCGCAAGCAGGCCCUGCAGGUGGCUUCCCUCAGUACGGGCACGGCGGGCCAAGCCUUGGAGAUGCUGCAGGUGCCCAGGACCCCACGCCCAGGGGCGGAGUCGGCUGACAGCAGGCACCUGGCCACCAAGCACAGCAGGAAGGCCUUGAAGGCCAGCCUGACCCUAGGUGUCCUGUUGGGAAUGUUCUUCGUGACCUGGCUGCCUUUCUUUGUGGCCAACAUAGCCCAGGCCGUGUGCGACUGCAUCUCCCCAGGCCUCUUCGAUGUCCUCACGUGGCUGGGUUACUGUAACAGCACCAUGAACCCCAUCAUCUACCCACUCUUCAUGAGGGACUUCAAGCGGGCCCUGGGCAGGCUCCUGCCAUGCCCCCACUGCCUCCAGGAGCGCCGGGCCAGCCAGGCCUCCCCCUCCAUGCGAACCUCGCACAGUGGUGCCCGGCCAGGCCUGAGCCUGCAGCACGUGCUGCCCCUGCCCCUGCCCCCCGACUCGGACCCGGACUCUGACUCAGGCUCGGGAGGCUCCUCAGGCCUGCAGCUCGCGGCCCAGCUGCUGCUCCCCGGGGAGGCCAGCCAGGACCCCCCGCCGCCUGCCAGGACUCCUGCCACGGUCAACUUCUUCAGCAUCGAUUGUGCGGAACCCAAGCUGCGGCUGCAUCCACUCGGUACCCCCAUGAACUGA